UUGGUAUCUUGUGGCAUGUUUAUAUAAUAUUUUAAAGUAUCUUAUUAAACACAUGGCUUUUGUAUACUCAUUUUUGAAAGGGAUAAUAUUUACCUUCCUCUUCUUUGUGCUGGCGGUGGUAAUGUACCUUGCCUUUUGGUUCAUAGUCAGACCUUUUAAGAAAAGGAAGCACUUCCAGAGGUAUUCCGAUACGAUAGGCUACUCUCCAACGUUUGUGCCAUUUCUCGGUGAUUACAAGCAUUUGAACGAAGAAUAUAUUCAGAAGGGCAAAUUUAUUGGACACUUCUUGAGAGAUCUUGCUCUUGGUUAUGGGAAGAAGAAAGCUUUCUUCGGCUCACUUGGCAUGGACGAUAUGGUCUUUGUGAAUGAUGUAGAAUACCUCACAGACAUCUCGAAGUUAGUCCCCCAUUAUCUGGACAGAGAACCAAUUGACACAACAGGCUUUGGAAGAGUAGGAGGCACUGGUGGUCUUGGACAGUCUAAAACAACCAAAUAUUGGAAGAAGAGAAGGCAAAUUUUCACUAAAACUAUCGGAAUAAAUCAAGCUUCUAGAUUCAUUCCAAUUUUCUUAAAGCAUUGACAGAAGGGAGUGAAGACUUUCGAAGAAGGUAUGACUAUAAACAUGAGUGAACACGCAAACACAGUUAGCUUUGAAAUAAUCAGUGAGAUCUUGUAUGGUUGUGAUAUCAGAGAUAAGCUAGAGAAGGUAAACUACACCAAGAGAGAUGGAACAACUGAAAUCGUUAAUCUUUAUCAAUGUCUGAUGAAAAUUUCUCAUGAUUGCUCCUUUGCUGCACUAAACCCUCUCAAUGUUAUGUUCCCUUGGCUUGUCCACUACAGCAUCGGAGCUGAGAACAAGAGGAAUACUAAGAAUAGCGAUGAGUUCGAAAGAGUUAUCAGGGAUAUCUGUGCCAAGUCCCAAGAUAGUAACUCGGUGUACAAUCAAGUCCUUAAGACUGGUGAAAUAGAUAAAGAAAUGGCUUACAAAGAUGUCAUGGCUAUUCUUUUUGCAGGCCAUGAGACAACUUCAAAGUCUCUUUGCAGUGCUCUUUUCCAAUUAAAAAAGAAUCCUGAGGUUGAGAAAAAGCUUAAACAAGAGAUAGAUGAAUACAUUCUGCAGAAUGGGAAGUAUACCGUGAACGACCUCGCCGAAAUUUUAAACAGCCAAUCUCUUGAUCAGAUGGACUACUUAAGCUGCUUUGUUAAAGAGGUUCUAAGACAUGAUCCUCCUGCUGUAAGGUCCUUGGGAUAUAAGGCUAAAGCUUCCUUCAAAGUGAAGGAUCUCCUAAUUCCAAAGAACCAGAUUGUCGUUUUUAACUUGUACGCUGCACAGUACGAUGAGAAGCAGUGGAAGGAACCUACUAAGUUCAUUCCAGAAAGAUUUGAUCCUUCAUCAGAUUAUUUCUUGACACCAAGUGGAAAGCAAAGACACCCUUAUGCUUUCUGUCCGUUUACUUUUGGAACAAGGACUUGCCCAGGAAGAGCUAUAGGAUUGAUGGAAUUCAAAAUUCUCCUAAUUUAUUUCAUGCUAGCUAUCGAUUACGAAGUUGAGAAGGAGACUUUAGAAAACCCAGAUGUGACAUAUGCCAUUCUCUCCCCCUAUGCACUGAAUCUUAAGAUAAAUAAGAUCAAUGUAUAGGCUUCUAAUUUGAUUCUUUAACAAGCUUUCCUUUUAAUUCUUGCA